CCUCUCAUCCUGUCGACAUCACCUCUUUUAAAACCAGCAACAUCAACCCAGCAUCCCAAGGUAUAACCAUGCACUGGCUUCUCCAGGCCACUGGGGCUCUCCUGAACAUUUUAUGGAUUGGCCUUUUUUUAACACCCCAACCGUUCUCAGAGUUUGAGCAGACAGAAAGCACCGAUGAGGAGGAGAUGUUUUGUUUUCCUCCUCCACCAGUCGAAAUCCCCUCUAAUAAAACCAACAACACCAAAACAACAUUUCCAGCUCACCCUGCUACUGCACCAGGAAGUGAACCUACCAUAGUGGACUCAGAUAACCUGGGACUGACAGGUAGUUAUCCUGAGCUGGAGCCGACAACUCGAGGUAGUUAUCCUGAGGUGGAGCCGACGACUCGAGGUAGUUAUCCUGAGGUGGAGCAGACGACUCGAGGUAGUUAUCCUGAGCUGGAGCAGACGACUCGAGGUAGUUAUCCUGAGCUGGAGCAGACGACUCGAGGUAGUUAUCCUGAGGUGGAGCCAACUCCAGUUAGCUGCUGCUUUGAAUUCUUCAGCGGACGAGUACCUCUAAAAGAUAUAAAGGGAUACAGAAAAUCACCCCCCAUGUGUCCUGUUGAAGCCAUUGUAAUAUUCACAACUACCACCCUCUGUGUUGAUCCAAAUGCUGCAUGGGUAAAGAGACUUUUGAUAACCCUCGAUGAAAAUGGAAAAGGAGUGAAUCCUGAUGAUUCUCAUUCUACUCCUGCCCCAGGAAGUGAAUCUGCAACAAUGCCAGGUCUUCUGCUCUUCUUCGUCGUCUUCUUCAUCCUGUCAAGUGUGAGAUCCCACAAGAACCCAAUUCUUCAGCCAGCUUGCUUCUGAGGGAGAGAGGUGCAGUUGGUCCUGGAGUGGCGAGCCAACCCAUGAGAUGAAUCCAAAGAGAGAGAGAGAUGCUUUGAUAACUGAAGCUUAGUAAUCCAGAAUAAAGAGUGGUAGGACAAUCGCAUUCAAUUGCCCCACGCAGCAGAAUACAAGGAAUUUCCGGAGUGAGAAGACACUAACACACUGCACUCAAAGAGUCAAAGGACACAACACAGUCUGAGUUGAACUGAUAGGACUCACACAGUAACUCAUUGAACUGAAUUGAUUCACUGCCUCAUUGA